ACUUCCGGAUAUAAUCCUCUAGUGCUAGAGGAAAAAAAAAUCUCGUAGCCAUAAAUGUAAUCUGGCUAGCCACACAAAAUCCGUCGGUUUACUUGAGUAAAACCAUCCAUGUCAAGGCACAAAGGGGAUUGUCGAAGUGUUGUGCUGCUUGCGUGUACAAAUAGGAGCACUUCAGCCUUUCGCACCACGUACCGUGAAUUGGUUCGUCAAGACUCAGUGACUAGUACGGAAGUCCUAGGCACCAUUGUGUGCCAGCAGUCCAUUCCAAGACCCAGGGACUCUUGAAUCCAGAAGAUGAAUGGUCUGUCCAUACGAGAGCUAUGCUGCCUAUUCUGCUGCCCUCCUUGCCCCAGCCGCAUCGCAGCCAAAUUAGCUUUCCUCCCUCCAGAGCCCACAUACGCCCUUCUCCCUGACCCAGAUCCCAAUGCUGGAGCUGGAACUGCAUCUGGGUCUAACCCUGGGGCGACCCUCCCUUCACUUGGAGCUCCCGGCCUACGUUCUCGGCUGAGUGCUGGUAGUGGUGCUGACAGAGGAGGUGGUGGAGGUGGAGGCACUAGUGGUGGAGGAGGUGGAGGUGCAGGGGCUGGAUGUGAGAGCAGGUGGAAGCUGCAUCUCACGGAAAGAGCAGAGUUUCAGUAUUCUCAGAGAGAGCUGGAUGUGACAGAUGUGUUCCUGACCAGAUCUAACAGAGGGAACAGGGUUGGAUGCAUGUAUAUACGCUGUGCCCCUAAUGCCAGGUUCACGGUGUUGUUUUCACAUGGCAACGCAGUUGACCUUGGUCAGAUGAGCAGCUUUUACAUCGGCUUGGGAACACGCAUCAACUGCAACAUAUUCUCUUACGAUUACUCAGGCUAUGGGGUUAGCACUGGCAAGCCAUCAGAGAAAAACCUUUAUGCUGACAUUGAUGCCGCCUGGCAUGCCUUGCGCUCUAGGUAUGGCAUCAGCCCUGAGAACAUCAUCCUGUAUGGACAGAGCAUCGGCACGGUGCCCACAGUGGACUUGGCGUCACGCUUCGAGUGUGCUGCUGUGGUUCUACACUCUCCUCUGACCUCUGGAAUGAGAGUGGCCUUCCCCGACACCAAGAAGACCUACUGCUUUGAUGCCUUCCCCAACAUCGAGAAGGUGUCAAAGAUCCCGUCUCCCGUGCUCAUCAUCCACGGUACAGAGGACGAGGUCAUCGACUUCUCCCACGGUCUUGCCCUUUUUGAGCGCUGUCCAAAGGCAGUGGAGCCCCUCUGGGUGGAGGGCGCCGGUCACAACGACAUUGAGCUUUACAGUCAGUACCUUGAGAGGCUACGGCGCUUCAUCAACCAGGACCUGGCUGCACAGCACGCCUGAGAAUCGAACAACAACCUCUCUGCGUGUGUGUGUGCGUGUGUGUGUGCGUGUGUGUGCGAGAAAAAGAGAGAAGCCGGUGUGAUUUGGCUGAGACAGAUAACUCAGAGGGAUGUGUCAUUUUUGGCACAUCUGUGUGUCUUUUAAACAACACAUUUAAUGUUACUUUUUAAAAAUGACUGCAUUAAAAGAACUGUCUCUUUAAAAUUUGAGUGUGUUUUUCAAAGUCAUUAGGUGUAUUUAUCUGUAGUAUAGUGCGUUUUUAAUGUGGGGGAAGUUCAGUUAACUUUGCACCUAAAAGUGAAUACGUUGAAAUACAUUCUCAUAUGUAUAAGUAACAACUAUGUUUUGUCCAAAAAGACACACAGAUGUCAUUUGUGAAUGCAUGAAUGAAUGAAUGAAUGGGUGUGGUCCUGGAUGUAAAAGUCUUAAUAUCAUGGACCUGUGUGUGAGUGAGUGAGGCAGCUUUCGGAAAAAAUGAAGGACACCCUGUUGACAUGGAUAACGGUGAGGGAAAGCUUCUCGUGAUUUCUGAAUAUUGAUGUUUUAUUUGUCUUAUUUGUGUGUGUAUGAAGAAUACCUCCACAGUUUGACCAGUUCUUUAUAGUGGACAACCACUGGUCAGACCACUUGGUUUACCCGUCAGUGGACAUGCAACUGACCGAUUGUCAGCUAGUAACGCUCACCCCUGAUACAUGUAGUUCCGGGCGGGGAGGGCCGUGGUAGCAUCCUCAGUCUGGAGCGCCACUCCACCCCCUGACGAGAUGAGCUGAUCUUCCUGUUUAUUGGGAGUGCCGUAGCGUUUGCCUUUUUACUGUUCAGACUUGCAGCUGCUCCUUGCAGGGUUUGGGUUGCUGUGUUGCUUUCAGCCCAUGAGCAGGUUUGUUGAGGAAGGUAUGUGAGGUUGUUUUCAACACGUAAACAGUAGUUUGGUAAAACGGGACAUGUCGGCGUUGAAGUGUGCAUACGUAGUAGAGCUUGGCCCUGAUUGGGCCUGUGAAGGUGAAGCCUGUAACAUUUAGCACAGUACAAAGUAAAACUUUGUUUUCCUACAUUAACUCUCAUCACAGUUCUGUUCACAUUUUGUCCUGAUGGAAUGAAUCAGAACAGUUGUGUUGCUGGGCCGGGUCCGUAGAUGGUUUCCUGUGUGAAGCACUUGUCUGGGAUGAACAGAUGGACUUUUAUGUGUGUGUGCUUGUUUUUUGUUUUUUUUUGUAAUAGAUGCCCGCUAGCCUGCUAACUUCUUUGUCUCCCUGUGUAGACAAAGAAAUAUUGGGGCCACACUGAAUAGAGAAAAAAAAAUCAAAUUCAGAGAGAAAGUAGUCCUCUAUAAGAACAACGGGUUUUCAAAGUGUGGCACAGUCAAUUGAUUUGACCUUGAAACAUCACAAAACUCCUUGAAGACUGCCGGUGUCUCACAAUUGGCAAAUCUAGCAAUUAAAAUUAAAACCUGAUAAUCCUGACAUUACUACUUUGUUCUCUUGGUGUUCUACAUAAUAUAUUGUUUUGGUCUUUUUAGUGUGGCAUCUAAUACUAGCCCUCUGGUGGCUGGCAGCACACUGCCUGACCCAAGCCAUGACCUUCUCACUUUGGUGUGGUGCAGGUUCCACCACACACACACACCUUUGCACAUACACACAUACAUGUACUGUAUGAUACAGUAAACCUAGACAUUUAUGUAUGUAUUAGAUCAAGCAUGACAAAAAGCAGGUCUUAAGUUCCGCACUAUUGUACAAAGAAUCCAAAGUGUAACAAGGGUAUAAAAUGUAAAGUUUGUGUGUUAUUAUUGUCGUGCGUCUUCAGUAGGCCAGAUGGGCGUGAAGGUGACUGGCUUCCUGUUGUCAGAAAGGACCCGUCGGACCAGUUUGUGCACCUGAGGUUGUUUUGGCGGCAGACAUCACCUGAGCCCAUGGACGAGCGCUCAGUGCUGUUCUGAUGACUCAUUCUUUCAAAACAGGGAAUCUCAUCGUGCUUUGUGUCUGUGAUGUUGAACUCAUGGAGGUCUGUUACCACCUUCAAACCAGGGAUCCGCCACAUUUGUUAAAA